AUGGCUACGGGAAAUUUGAAUCUUUUACGCAAUGCCUUUAGUAAAUUAAGAAUAGAUCAUGUGUUCACUAGAUCUCUCCAACGUCCUAGGUACCGACCCCCUUAUUGGUAUGCACCUAAGGAAAGUGCGACAUCAGAUGAGUUUCUUACUCAAGAAAACAAGCAAUUCAUUGAGGAAGUUAUGCAGGAUAAAAUGCAACUACAGAAUUCAUUACAAUCACCUCUAGUUAAUAUUGAUCAAAAUCAAACAACCACAUGGAAUCCACAGACCCGUAGGGUAGGACUCAUAGCCCGUAAAAUAGGCAAUUAUCCUCUUUGGACCAAAGAUGGGAAAAAAGUUCUUACUACUCUAUUGCAGGUUGUAGAUAACCAUGUGAUCAAAUAUAUCCCUCCUGAGGAAUUUAAACCUAUGAAAACCUCAUCUGUUCAAUGGAAGGAAAAACGAAAAUUGGGAUGUAUGUUAGUUGGAUCAGAGACUAUAGAUCCUAGCACUGUCACAAGAGAAUACUGCGGUCUGUUCAAUAAUUCAGGCAUGCUACCCAAAAGACAUCUAUUUAGGUUCAUGGUAUCACCAGAAUCUUAUAUCUCACCAGGAACACCAUUGUUUGCAACACAUUUUAGAGUAGGGGACUACAUAGAUGUAAGAGCAAAAACAAUGGAUCGAGGGUUUCAGGGUGUUAUGAAACGUUGGGGAUUUAAAGGUAUGCCAGCAUCACAUGGUGUCACCAAAACUCAUAGAAGACCAGGAAAUAUUGGUUCUGGUGGUGAGAAAGCAAGGGUUUGGCCUGGUACUAAGAUGCCUGGACACAUGGGAAACAGAUGGCGGAUCCUACGUGGUGUAAAAAUCUUGCGUAUAAAUACGCAACAUAAUGUAAUUUGGACAUUAGGUGUGGCAAUACCUGGGGAAACAGGAGCGAUGUGUUAUUUAUUUGAUACAGUUCUUCCACUCAAAAAGCAUUCAACAUCACCUCCUUUCCCCACACAACCAUUGGUUGAAGAUUUACCAUUGGAAUAUUUUGAUGAAUCUGUUCAACGUUUUGACGAACGUUCAAUUACUUUUGAAGAAGUUUAA